GCAGAAGAAACUGGCUAUGGAGCUGUUUCUGUUGUUCAUGACUCUUCCCCUUCUGGGGACUUCAUUCCCUAUGCCCCAAGGAGUGCAGUAUCUUUUUCCACCACCGUAUGUCCCUUGGAGAGCAAGGGCUGGCAUUGUUGGGGGUGAGGAAGCCCCCAAAAAGGAGUGGCCAUGGCAGGUCAGCCUGAGGAAGCAGGAGGAUGAGAGAGAAGAUGCAUUAUGGAUGCAUAUCUGUGGCGGCUCGCUCAUCCAUCCCGAGUGGAUAUUGACUGCAGCAUCCUGCUUUCUUGAUAUGCGUGAGGAGCCUUCAAACUACAGGGUCCAGCUAAGGCAGCAACAUCUGUACUAUGAAGAUGCCUUGCGUCCCCUCUCCAAGAUUGUAGUCCACUCCAGCUUCACCUCUGAGACUAGAGGUGCUGAUAUCGCCCUCCUAAAGUUGAAGGAACCUGUCCAGAUUUCCAGCCAAGUCCAGCCCAUCCAGCUUCCUGCCACCUCACAGAACUUCUCCAACACCGAGUGCUGGGUGACUGGCUGGGGGGACAUCUAUUAUCAAGAGAGUCUGCUCCCUCCAUUCGCCUUGAGGCAAGUGCAGGUACCCGUUUGGGACAAUCGUCACUGUGACCAGCUUUACCAUGAGGUUUCUACAGUUGCUAAGUCUGUAAGAAUAAUUCCUGAGGACAUGAUAUGUGCUGGCGAUGGCGACAAUGGUAUCUGUGAGGGGGACUCCGGAGGACCUCUUGUGUGUAAGGUUGAAAACUCUUGGCUUCAGGCUGGGGUGGCAAGCUGGGUAGAGGAGUGUGGCAAAAUUUCUACACACCCUGGAGUCUACACAAGUGUCUCAAAAUAUUUGGAUUGGAUCCAGAAGAACAUUCAGUGAUCUUUUGGCUCAAUUUCUCUUCACUCCCUUCCUAGCCCCAGGCUCUGUAUUUACUGUAAAGCCAAUCAAAACCUCCUCUAUCUUUUCCUAUUCCUCCUGAUCCAUCCCAAACUCUUGGCUGGGAGUUAGGACACCUAGGUUCUAGUUCUCUGCCUUGCCACUGGUUCCAUGUAUGACCUCAUGCAAAUCCCUUCCUUGGUGUGGCCCCCAGCUUCCUCCUCUAUAAACUAGGUUGUGGGGGUUUGGGCUCUGACAUUAUGUGGUUUGGUGGGCUCAUUCAACUUGAACAUAGGGGAAAUUUUUUUUUUUUGCAGGGGAGUAAUUUUUUGGGCAAGGAAGGAGAGGGGGAAUUUGGUUGGUCUACAUGAUGUUAUGCAUAUCUCAUUAAACUAUCUGCAAAAUC